UUCUCAUUAUCUUCUCUUUUACCAAUUACAAUGUCUUUCAAAGCCACCAAUAUAAUUUUAAUUUUAUUUUUAUUUUUUUUAAUAUUUUCACUCAGAGUAUUUUUGCUUUAGCUUUAGCAUAUUCAAGUCGAAUCCUUGUAUAAGAAAUGAAAAAUCUUUAUCAAUUGGAGUAAUUUGUAAUUUGUAUAAUAUAGUAGAAAAGAAAAGAGGGAGUACACAGCGACGUGGUCACUCAGCUGCCCGUCAUUAGAACUCUCACCAUAUCCACAUUUUCAUGCACAAAUCUCACUCACUCACUCGUUCCAUCCUUUAAAACAGUUCAUAUCAAUUACUUGCAGACCAAAUUAAAGGAGUGUUUAAUAUUCUACUUCUUCACCAUUAUCAAGAGAGUCGAAAAGCUAAAGAUCCUAGAAGAGGUUUAAGCUUUAAUGGCUCAAACCAUACUGUUCAUGUCUGGUGUUUCUACUAAGCAUGUGGUGAAUUUGAAGAGAGACCCUUUACUCCAAUUCCAAGUUGAGAGACUAAGGCCUAAACCCUUCUCUCGUCUCUUCUUCAAUCCCCUUCCUUCAAACUCUUCUUUUUCUUCUAAAACAUUUACUACACUUGCUCUCUUCAAGUCAAAAACCAAGGCUCCUCUUAAGAAGGCUGCUGAACCUAAGCCCAAGGUUGAAGAUGGUAUUUUUGGUACCUCUGGUGGAAUCGGUUUCACUAAGCAGAAUGAGCUGUUUGUGGGACGUGUUGCUAUGCUUGGUUUUGCUGCAUCCUUGUUGGGUGAAGCAAUAACAGGAAAAGGAAUUCUAGCACAGUUGAACCUAGAGACAGGAAUUCCCAUUUAUGAAGCAGAACCACUUCUUCUUUUCUUUAUCCUUUUCACUCUGCUUGGAGCCAUUGGAGCAUUAGGUGACCGUGGCAAAUUUGUCGACGACCCACCCACUGGCAUUGAAGGUGCAGUCAUCCCUCCUGGCAAAGGUUUCAGGUCAGCAUUGGGUCUCAAAGAAGGAGGUCCUCUGUUUGGAUUCACCAAGGCCAACGAGCUCUUUGUGGGAAGAUUGGCUCAACUUGGAAUUGCUUUCUCUUUAAUUGGAGAAAUCAUAACAGGAAAAGGAGCUCUAGCUCAACUCAACAUAGAGACUGGAAUUCCUGUCAAUGAAAUCGAACCCCUUGUCUUGUUCAACGUUAUCUUCUUCUUCAUUGCUGCUUUGAAUCCUGGAACUGGCAAAUUUGUAACCGAUGAGGAUGAAGAUGAGUAGAAGAUGAACUUGUUAUGCAUGUAAAAAAAAAAAAAAAAAAAAAAAUCCUCCCUUGUACUCUCUAUUCAACAAAAACAUUCUCUUCCAGUC